GUUGAGGCAAAAGUGGUGCAAGGCAUGCGCUGCCGAAAAGCUUGGGUCCUGCCGACAUUCGAUGUGGCAAUGACUGUGGACGACUCUACGGCCAAACAAGUCGUACUGCUGCUCGCCACUUCGGACGAAGGUACUUGGUGGCGGGCCGCGAAGAAGUUGAAUCUGACCAAGGAUUUGUCUUAUGGCCAACGCCUGAGUCUGCCCAAGAUUCGCAAUCUUACAGCAGAUUUGUCUGUGGUGCUUGACCUCGAACGGCGUCGACACUUCAGUCAGCACGGCCUGUGUCCACACAGCUUGCUCAUCAGAUGGAGAAGUGGAGACCGUGAUGUCAGCAUGGCUUCGAUGGAAGAAGCCACCCAUAAGGACAUGAACACCUGCACGUCACCUGAAAAGGAUGGACCUCGCACAUGGGAAGAGUGUGAAGAACGUCUACGAAAACGGGUCAGUGGCGGACGCACGGCACAGCUACCGCCAGACAGUGCGUGGCAGACACUGGCCUUCAUCCAGCAAAAGGCUGAGGCCAGGACGCGGGAGCGCAAACGCAAGAGAAGCGAAGACAAGGCUGAAAUCAGUGCCUUGCUGGCCUCACCGGUUGCAGCACGAAGCGUCUGA